AUGCCCUCCGCAGAGUCAAAACCCAAGACCUUGUACGACAAGGUCUUCUCCGACCACAUUGUCAAUGAGCAAGAAGAUGGCACUUGCCUGAUUUACAUUGACCGUCACCUUGUUCACGAGGUCACAUCCCCUCAGGCCUUCGAGGGUCUCACAAACGCCAGCCGCCAGGUCCGCCGGCCGGACUGCACUCUGGUUACCGUCGACCACAACAUCCCUACUUCUUCACGGAAAAGCUUCAAGAAUGCCGCGGAAUUCAUCAAGGAGAACGACUCCCGUCUCCAAUGCACAACUCUGGAGCAGAACGUGAAAGACUUCGGUCUGACCUACUUCGGUAUGGGUGACAAGCGCCAGGGAAUUGUCCACAUUAUUGGACCCGAGCAGGGUUUCACCCUGCCCGGCACAACUGUUGUCUGCGGUGACAGUCACACCUCCACCCACGGUGCCUUCGGUGCUCUCGCCUUCGGUAUCGGAACCAGCGAAGUCGAGCACGUCCUCGCUACCCAGACCCUCAUUACCCGCCGCAGCAAGAACAUGCGCGUUCAGGUCGACGGCGAGCUCCCUGCCGGUGUCACCAGCAAGGACGUUGUCCUCCACAUUAUCGGUGUUAUUGGAACCGCCGGUGGUAACGGUGCUGUCAUCGAGUUCUGCGGAUCCGUCAUCCGCGGUCUGAGCAUGGAGGCCCGUAUGUCCAUGUGCAACAUGUCCAUUGAGGGUGGUGCUCGUGCCGGCAUGAUUGCCCCCGAUGAGAUCACUUUCGAAUAUCUCAAGGGCCGUCCCCUUGCCCCCAAGUACGGCAGCGCUGAGUGGAACAAGGCCACCGCCUACUGGUCCGGCCUAAAGUCUGACCCCGAGGCCAAAUACGACAUCGAGGUUUUCCUGGACGGCAAGGAUAUCGUCCCUACCAUCUCCUGGGGUACCUCUCCCCAGGACGUUGUUCCCAUCACCGGUGUUGUUCCCGGCCCAGAUGACUUCGAGGAUGAGAACCGCAAGCUUUCCUGCAAGCGCGCUCUGGAGUACAUGGGCCUCACCGCUGGUACCCCCAUGAAGGAUGUCGUUGUCGACAAGGUCUUCAUCGGAUCUUGCACAAACGCCCGUAUUGAGGAUCUGCGUGCCGCCGCCAAGGUGGUCAAGGGCCGUAAGAUCGCCUCCAACAUUAAGCGCGCCAUGAUCGUUCCCGGAUCCGGUCUGGUCAAGGAGCAGGCCGAGUCCGAGGGUCUUGACAAGAUCUUCACCGACUCCGGCUUCGAAUGGCGUGAGGCUGGUUGCUCUAUGUGCCUGGGUAUGAACCCGGAUAUCCUCUCCCCCAAGGAGCGCUGUGCCAGUACUUCAAACCGUAAUUUCGAGGGUCGCCAGGGUGCCCAGGGUCGUACCCACCUGAUGUCCCCCGCUAUGGCCGCCACUGCUGCUCUCGUCGGUAAGCUCGCCGAUGUCCGUGAGCACAGUGUCCCCAGCCCCGUCCUCGCCAAGGCCUCUCCCAAGAUCGAUGUCCAGCCCGAGGUCGACUCUCCCGAGACUGAGGAUGAGCUCGACCGUGUCCUCGACCAGCCCGCUGACAACGAGCCCCACACCAACUCCUCCGCUGGCGGUGGUAGCAGUACUGGUCUCCCCAAGUUCACCACCCUGAAGGGGAUCACCGCCCCUCUGGACCGUGCCAACGUCGACACCGAUGCCAUCAUUCCUAAACAGUUCCUCAAGACCAUUAAGCGUACCGGUCUUGGCUCCGCCCUCUUCUAUGAGCUCCGUUACACUGACGACAAGGAGAACCCUGACUUCAUCCUUAACCAGGGCAUCUACCGCAAUGCCAAGAUCCUCGUUGUCACAGGCCCCAACUUCGGAUGUGGUAGCUCGCGUGAGCAUGCCCCCUGGGCUCUCCUCGACUUCGGCAUCAAGUGCAUCAUCGCCCCCUCAUUCGCCGAUAUCUUCUUCAACAACACCUUCAAGAACGGCAUGCUGCCCGUCGUUGUCUCCGACGAAGCCGCCCUUCAGAAGAUCGCCGAAGAGGCCCGCGCCGGCCGCGAAGUCGAAGUCGACCUCGUCAACCAGGAGGUCAAGGACGCCCAGGGCAACAAGAUCGUCUCCUUCGACGUCGACGGCUUCCGCAAGCACUGCCUCGUCAACGGUCUUGAUGACAUUGGUCUGACCCUCCAGAUGGAGAGCAAGAUCCGCACCUUCGAGGCUAAGCGUACCCUCGACACCCCCUGGCUGGAUGGCAGCGGCUACCUCCGCCGUGACCGCCGUGGCGCCACCAUGGUUGAGGCUGCCCCUGUUCCCAAGACCAACCGCGGUGAUGUCAAGAACGAGCCCCUCGAGUGGUAA